AUGUCGGAAAGGGUGCAGGUCGUCACACGGCACAUACUGGCACCCAUCGCUGUUGCGGGCAGCGAGGUUCCAGUCUAUGAGCCUGGCGAGCACUUCGGCAUCUUCCCUGAUUACGAGCACAAGUGGCCGUAUCCCGAAGUGGGAAUCAUGUCCGCGCAGCAAACCCCGUCGACGCUGUUUACGUCCUUUUUGGAAGAAGCUGCGAAAAGUUUCCCCGAGGUUCCAGCACUGGCUGCAGAGAAGCCGGUGCCUGCAAUCGUCCGUGCGGGUGAAGCCCCCGCGUUGCCUUGGGAGGCAUGGACUAAAUGGACCUGGAAAGACUACUACGAGGAUGCACGCCGGCUGGCCAAAGCGUUCAUCCAGCUUGGCGUGGAACAGUUUGGGAGCGUGACGAUAUUUGGUUUCAACGCUCCAGAAUGGAUGGUGAGUGCAUUGGCUGCCAUGCUUUGUGGCGGCAAAUAUGUGGGAAUCUAUUCCACGGACACGCCAGAGCAGGUGCAGUACAAGGUCGACCAUUCCAACGCUGCAGUCAUGGUUGUGGAUGGGGAGAUGGAGUUUGAAGCCACGGCGAAACACGUGGAGGACAUGCCUGAGCUGCGCGCCAUCGUGUGCUGGGGCAUUCCGGCGCCAGCUCAGCUGACUAGGAAAGAUGGCAGCAUCUGCAAGGUCAUGACUUUCAAGGAUUGCUUGGAGCUCGGAGCUUCCCAGGGCUCCGACACAAGCCUGGCCGCGCGGAAAGAGGCGACGCGGCCUGGACAUGCCAUGGGCAUCAUCUACACCUCCGGAACAACGGGCAACCCGAAAGCCGUCAUGGUGCACCACGAUGCCGCUGUCGCCAUCACCACAAUGGCAAGUCAAGCCGAGACGGGUGCUAUGCAAGGAUAUCCAGCGCGGAUUUUGUCGUACCUUCCGCUCUCGCAUGUCGCCGGUUCGAUGAUGGACAUGUGGUUUCCCAUCUUGAUGGCUGGCAAGAAGAAGCUUCACAGCACAAUUUACUUUGCCCGGCCGUACGACUUGAAAGACAUGACUCUGGCAGCCCGUAUCCAGUUUGUGCGGCCCACGGUGUUCCUCGGCGUGCCUCGUGUCUACGAGAAGAUACAAAGCCGGAUGAUGGGCGUGGCAGCGGCGAUCACGGGUGUGAAGAAGUCGAUUGCCACGUGGGCAAAGGGAAAGGGGCUGGAAUACUGCAGAAACAUGCAGGCUGGUGGAUCCAAGGCCAAGCCUUUGUUCCAUACCAUUGCGGACAAGCUAAUCCUCUCCAAAGCGCGCGACGCAUUGGGUUUGGAUCAGUGCAAGAUCUUUAUCGUAGGUGCUGCUCCGAUUUCAGCCGAUACCCUGGAGUACUUCGGCCAGCUGGGCAUGAUGAUUCAGAAUGUUUACGGCAUGAGCGAGUCUUCUGGGCUCACCACGCUCUGCCUGCCGUUGUGGAACGCCUUCGGCACUGUCGGCCAGGCGUUGCCCGGCAUCGAGGUUAAGUGUUUCAAGACUGGGCCGAACGGAGAAAACGUGGAGGUCCCUCGAUGUCAGCCGGGUGCUAAAGUGGUGCCUGAGGAUUUCCAAGGCGAAAUCUGCUUCCGUGGUCGGCACAUCAUGAGCGGCUACAUGGCCAAUCCCAGGUUUGGUGAGGCUCACAUCAACGAAAUCCGAGAGAAGAACUCGAGCACCAUCGACAAAGAGGGCUGGCUGCACAGUGGCGACAAGGGCUGCAUGGACACCAACGGUGUCUUUCGCAUCACCGGCCGCUACAAGGAGCUCAUCAUCGGAGCAGGCGGGGAAAACAUCGCACCCGUGCCAGUCGAGGACAAGAUCAAGCAGCUGGCCCCAGCCCUCUCGAACGUAAUGAUGGUUGGCGACAACCGACGCUUCAACGUAGCCUUGGUGACACUGCUGGCGGAGGGUGCGACGGGCGAAUUGCCCGGAAGCGACGACCUCACCGGUGCAGCACUCGAGGUGAACCCAGCAGUGAAGACGAUCUCCGCUGCGUUGAAGGACCCAGCCUGGCAGAAGUACAUCCAGGAUGCCAUCGAUAAAACAAAUUCUGACACGACGGUUUGCCAGAACAACGCCUGGAAGAUUCAGAAGUUCGCCAUUGCUUCAAGGGAUUUCUCGGUUCAGACAGGAGAGUUUACACCAACAAUGAAGUUGAAAAGGUCUGUGGCCGAGGAGAUGUGGAAGGACCUCAUCGACCCUCUGUACAGCUGA